CACUCCUCUGCUGCUCGCGCUCAUCAUGAACACAAUCAAGGAGAUUCAAAGAAUCAAUGAGCAAGAGCUAGCCCUCGGCGUCAAAGGCUCAUGGCACGACGAGUUCAAGGACUCGGCCUACAUCUUUGUCGGCGGGCUGCAUCUGGACCUGACCGAGGGCGAUGUGAUCACGAUCUUCUCGCAAUGGGGCGAGAUCGCUGACAUCAACCUUCCUCGCGACAAGGAGAGCGGCAAGACCCGCGGCUUCGGAUUUGUCAUGUACGAGGACCAGCGGAGCACCGUGCUGGCAGUGGACAACAUGAACGGAGCAGAGAUACUUGGGCGAACGCUGCGCGUCGACCACGCGCGGUACAAGCAGCCGGGGAAGCGGAAUGAGGAGGGCGACUAUGAGCAGCCGGAGGAGGCGAGCUACAACGCGCGCCCCCCAGAGAUCGAAGAAUCAUCUAGUGAGGAGGAAGAAGAGAAGGAAGAAGACGACGGUCUCGACUCAGAUGAUCCCAUGACUGCACUUAUUCGUGCCGAGCGCGCCAAGAAGAGCAGCAAGGAAGAACGGAGGGCGGCUAAGCUUAAGCGCAAGGAGGAGCGCGCAAGGAAGCGUGCCGAGCGCGAAAAGCGGCGCGUGAAGGAUCAUCGCAGCGAGCGGCAUGAGAGCAAGGGCAGGGAGCGCGAGCGCUCGCCCCGCCGUAUUGAGGACCGCGAACGUCGUGACCGUGACCGCUCACCGCGACGUGAGAAUAAGACGGAGCGCAACGACAAGGAUGGGAAUCGCGACCGGCGCGUGAAGGAGGACGCGAGUGCGUCGCCUCGCAAGCCUCAGCGCGGUGAGCCCUCGCCUCGUGGUGACGAGCGUGAGGGUGAGCGUACGGUGCCGCGCCGCGAUGAGCGGGAGCGUGAGCGUUCAGCCCCUCGCCGUGAAGAGCGUGACCGCGACCGUGAGCGCUCGGCUCCUCGUCGUGAUGGCAAAGAUCGCGAACGCUCACCUCUCCGCCGUGAAACGCGAGAAGAUGAGCGCGAACGGCCACCACGUCGCCGCGGCGAUCCCCCGCCGUACAAGCGCGACGACCGCGAUCGUGAAGAGAGGCGGCGAGACCAUCGCGACCGCUACAGCGAGCGAGACGGUCGUCGCUACGACCGUGAGGACCGUCGGUAGCGGAUGGAUCUCCGGUAAUGUAGUCUUAUGCUGUCGUGGCUGGUGGAUGUAGUGCAUUUUGAGUG